UUCAGUAUCCGCGACACAACAUUCCCCUGCCAUACGUACACCAAUAGCCAUCGGCAAAUAAUCGAUUAUUGAUAUCAAUAGUUAAAUAAUCGAAUCGAAAGUGAUAGUUCUGUUGUCCUCGGGUUUGUCGAGUUGUCGGAUAAUUUCAUUAAUUUUGGAAAAUUGCGGAAAAUCGACGACACUAUCACGUGGCGCUUCAAACACAUGUACUGAGAGGUACCCCAGAUAGAAACGGAAUAACGGAGAUCGAAUUAAGUGGCAAGGGAUCUUAACCAGUUAGCCAGAGGCAAAGGAAAUUUCUAUCCGAGUAAAGUCGAUAGUUAAGAUGCAAAUGACAAGGAUGCUACUGCAAGAGCCAGGAUGGAAAUUAGAGAGAAAGGGUUCGGCAUUGUUUCUACGUCGUGACAGUUCUCACCCAAAGGCAACUCGUGUCUGCUUCAGAUGUGACGUUGAGGUGAGAGAGUACGAGAGAGAUGAGGAGCAUUCAAUCGAUAAUGAACAGAAUGAGAUGGCAGCGAGUCCAUUGGCAAUGUGUGCCAGUUGUCUAGCAGCACUGUGUGUCACUGUCAUACUACCCUGGCUCCUCAUUGGUGGCUAAAUUCAACGACAAUCCGACACAGGUCAUCAUCAAAUCCACCAAGGGAUCCAGCUAGGUCAACUCGAUCGAUCCCAGACGCCUCGAUCAAACCUUAUUUGUCUAGUUUUAUUUUACCCACACCAUCCUUGGAGGCUAGUUGACAAUUAAAAGGAAUGCGUGAGGACGUGUGCACGUCGAUGAAUUUUUUGGGAAGGAUGUUGAAGGAUCCGAGAGGAGGUCGUAGUGAUCCAAGGGUAUGCUGUGAAAAAUAGGUUCUUUUUUUUUAAAAAAAAAGAAUCGCACAGAAUGAAACUUCAAAGGUGAAGGGAG